UGCAGUUCAGACAGUUCGAAGUGAAAAAAAUGAGGCAGUUUGCUGUUCUAUUGUGUCUAGCGGCUCUUGCUGCAGCCGCCCCCCAAGGCUACAAGUACCAGCCUCAGGGACCUGCGCUUUCCAUCGGCAAUCUGCGCCCGCAGACGCCCGUGUCCGCCACAGGAAUAUACUCAGCCCCGGCAGGCCCUGCCCUGGGACAGAUCUCCGUCCAGCAGCCACCUAUCCAAGCAGUGCAGACUAGUGCUCCCAUUCCUGUGUCCCAGCCGCACGUUCAGCAGACAGUGAUCAGCUCGCUGCCACAGCAGACCGUGUUCAAUACCGUGCAACAGCCACAGCAGCAGCAGCAGAUCGUCUACCAGCAGCCCCAACAGUUGCAGCAGCAUCAACCCCAACAGAUCGUGCAGACACAGUUCGUUCAGCGUCCCGCUAUCGUCACCAAGGACAUUUACAUUCACUCCGCCCCCGAUGAGACCGAGGAGAUCCGCCAGGACGAGCCGCAGCUCGACAGCCUGCCCAUUCGCAAGAACUAUCGCAUUGUGUUCAUCAAGGCGCCGUCCCAGAAUCUAAAGUACACAGCCGCCGCUCUGAAGCGCGCCCAGUCUAGCAACGAGGAGAAAACCGUCAUCUAUGUGCUGUCAAAGAAGCCCGAUCUCACUGAGAUCCAGCAGCAGCUGCAGGUCACGCAGACAGAGUCCAAGGUGCACAAGCCCGAGGUCUACUUCAUCAAGUACAAGACCCAGGAGGAGGCACAGCGUGCACAGCAGGAGAUUCAGGCUCAAUACGAUGCUUUGGGUGGCGCAACCCAUAUCUCCGACGAAGGCGUUGCCCCCAUCACCACCGUCUCUGGUGGCUCCCUCAACCUGGGCCACAUCUUGUCCCAGGUGCAGGGGCCCAGCAUUGUCCAGCAGCAGCAGCAGCAGCAGCACCAUAUCCAGACCAUCGUUCAGCAGCAGCAGCAGCCCAUCCCUCAGCAGAACUCCUUUGUGCAGCAGACCUCCUCCUUUGCAUCCAGCGUGCCGCAAAGGAAGUAUGUCCCGGCGAAGAGCUUCAAAUAAGCAGAGCAUUCCAUUUCACUCAACAGUCGCCCCAUUCUAGCUUAUUCUAAUUUAUUGUAAACGCGAUUUGUCGAGGCAAAAGUAAAGCAAAAUAUUAAAAAU